CGCGCGGAAGUUCACAAACGACUCGGUGGUUACCUGGGUUGGUCCCAUUGCUGGUUUCCUGCAGAGGACAGCUGGGACGUCAGCUGUGAACACCGAUGGCUGCAACCGGGAAGGACGAAGCUGGUCCUGGGACAUCGGCGGCGAAUUGUCCGGCUGCGUCAUUUCGCUGCACGACCUGCGAUAUGCUUUUCUCCAGCGAAGCGUACCGAGACCGACACGUAAGAUACAAGCACCACCACCCCGGAGGUCCUCACACGUGUUCCGACUGCGGAUACAGCACGGCGCAUGUGUCAGCGUUGCGAAUUCACCGGAGAACCCAUACGGGCGAACGCCCGUUUGCGUGCACCCGUUGCGACAGGGCCUUUGCGGACAGGGCUAAUUUGGUAUCACACAUCGCAUGUGCGCAUCACAAAGCCAAGACUCACCUCUGUGAAACUUGCGGAAAACUAUUUCAAGCCCGAAGGACAUUAAGGCAACACCGAAGAAUUCAUACUGGGGAGAAGCCCUUUGUAUGCGCGGUGUGCCAGGAAAGAUUUACCAGGUUGAUAUCACUCCGACAGCAUGCCAGCACGCACGGGGCAGAGCGUUCUUCUGAAAUGCUGCAGGAAAAGAAUGAGACAGUGAAUGAGAACGUGAAUGAGAGGGUGAAGAGAAAGGAACAGGCUUCGCCUCAACGCAACGAAGACGUCAUGGAUGAUAACUGAAGAGAAGAGUGCUGGCGAACGAGGUCUAUUUCUCGUCCUCGCGCCUCACCUUAACGACGACUGGCCGUGAAAAAAAAUUGAUUUAUUAAUCCAUAAGUGGCACUUCGACCUACAAAAAUAAAUGUGUCCGCAUAGAUCGUA